AGGAUACGAUUUGAGCCAUCUUCUCAGACGUUGGUUUUGUGUGUGGCUCUCUUUUCUUAUCCCUACACAACAACUCUUCUUUCUCCCUCCCAUAAACCCUCUCUAUAUAUACCAUGCACAUAUCCUCCGCUUCGUUUCUACUAGUAUUUUCACGAUUCACAGGAUUGCAAGAGAAUGUCAAAUCACGAGAAUGGACUACCCGAGGACCUGUUCUCGAUCGAAUUCAAGCUCCCCGACUUGCUGCUCAACAACGCGGUCCGGGGACUGCAUUUGAGGGUUGAAAAGGAAUGGGACUCCCUUCAGCAGUCGGCAUGCCAAACGGCUGCAGGAAGAGCCCUGUGGAAGCACGUCAUUAACGAUCCUUUCGCAGAUGUGCUUGCGGGAGAGACAUAUCUGAGGAGUCUCCAUGAGAAGAUAAAGAAAGACUGCACGAACAAUGCUCGUGAAAUUUCUGGAGUGAUCCUUGCAGUCCGGACGUUAUGGUUUGAUUCAAAACUCGAAGCUGUCGUCAAUUCUUUCGAUGGUGGAGCAGCGCAGGUGGUGUUCCUCGGUGCAGGAAUGGAUGCAAGGGCGUACCGUCUAAGCUGCUUGAGCAAAAGUGAUGUUUUUGAGGUUGAUUUUCCAGAUGUCCUGCAGGUAAAGGCUGCCCUAAUAAAGGCAGCACUAGAAUCCCCAGAUGAUCAUUAUGAAUUAAAGGUGAUAGCAAAAUCCUUGACCAGAGUAGCAGCUGACAUCAGGGAUGAUGUCUGGCUCGAAAAGCUUCAGGAGUCAGGGUACAUGCCAGAGAGGAACACGGUGUGGGUCUUGGAAGGAUUACUCUAUUAUCUUCCCCAAUCACAUGCCAUGCAAGUACUGAAGAUGAUUGCAGACAAGUGCAAUUAUACAAAGACGGUCCUCUUAGCAGAUUUCAUGAACAAACCGUCCACCACACUCUCCAGUUCCACCUUCCAGUUUUACAGCGACUGGCCAGACCAUCUACUCCCAUCUCUCGGGUUUUCUGAUGUCAAGCUUUCACAGAUUGGUGAUCCAGAUGCCAACUUCGGGCUCAUGCAUGAUCCCUUAAACCUGUUCAACAAGCUUCGCAGUUUGCCUCGGUCAGUACAUAUCCACCCUGAAGAUGGAACACCAUGUCGUCGCUUGUACUUGGUGCAGGCUUUCGGUUCACCCAGUUGAAGAUUAUCUUUAGCGAUAGACUUGGGGUACAUAAAUUAUAGGCAAUGACUCCAAAGUAUAGACAUUAUUUGCAGCUUUAAGUAGGAAUGCAAAACCUGAUUGAACUGCAACCAUGAGAUCAGUUUCUGGCUA